AUGGCGGGCACGGCAGCCCUCCAGAGGCUGGCUGCCUGCCUGUGGACGCUGUUAGACUGGACCGGAGCGGCCCUGUGUCACCCGCUGGUGGCGGUCCUGCAGGUCGCAGGCGCACUGGCUUUGGGCGGCCUGGGUGCCGGCUGGAUUUUAGCUACACAGAAGAGGUCAGGGGAAGCGAAGAGGCUCAGGGAGGAGAGGAUCUAUGGGCGCCCGCGCCCUGCGCAGGCUUUCGACCUUCCAGCUGUUUCUGUGAUCUUGCCCGUGCGAGGCGUGCACAGUCACAGUUGUAGCAAUUGGACAUCUCAUCUUCGGGCAGAGUACAAGGGUCCGUUGGAGUUCAUCUUUGUCGUUGACUCCGCAAAGGAUUCGGCAGUUCCUGAGUUGAAGCAACUGUUCAGAGACCACCCAGAUGUAAAUGCGAGCGUGGAGAUUUCUGGGCCUGCAACGACUUGCAGUCAAAAGAUACACAAUCAGCACUAUGGACUCUGCAGGUCAGCAAGGGAUUCAAAGUAUGUGCUGUUCUUGGACGACGACGUGCAGCUGCACCCAAGGUCAAUCCAGUUGCUUGCGGAGGUGCUUGAGUUGGAUUCAUCAAAAUUCAUGGCGACUGGUUUCCCAUUUGACAUUCCCCCGGUCGACUCAGGGUUGCCUGUGUACUGUAUUAUGGCCUUCCACAUGCCCUUGCUCAUUGCCUUCUCCGUCUGUCAAGAGACCAAGUUUGUAUGGGGAGGGUGCAUGAUGAUCCGUCGUGAGGCGCUGGACACAGAUGCCUAUGGCAUCCUGGAGGCCUGGACAGAUGGCGGGUAUUCAGACGACCUGAUCGUGGCAGCAAAAUGCUCCGAGCACAACUUGCGCAUCGCUGCGCCAUUGACGGCUGUCUUCCCGCAGAGGCUGGACGCUGUGUGCAGCUGGAGCAGCUUCUGGAAUUAUCUACGUCGCCAAAUGUUCGUUUUGGACACGUAUGCCAGCAGCCAGAACAGGAGGAUAAAUUAUUCCCUGGCUGCAGCGCAUUUUGUGGCUUCCUGUGCCGUAGCCCUCCCAAUCUUGGAAGCGCUCCUUCGGGUCGUCCUGUGGCAGAUUGAGUUGGUGCUGGUGCUGACACGCCACGUCUUCAGCGGGGAGGACGCCUCCCUGGACUGGCCCAGGGCUUUCCAACUCUCGUCCUGCUCAGCGCAGUCGUGGGGCACUGUGGCUUAUCUCGUCAUUUGGCUGGUGGCCCACAUCGGAUUUAUGAGAAUGACUGGAGCGAUUUUCGACUUGUUCCGGGAGCUGUCGCCUGAGGCGGACGUCCGCGAGGUUGAUUUCAUGCACUUUGUGCGGUUCUGGGCGGGAAUGGUGGUCAGCAACCUGACGCUGCCCGUCUGCCUGGCGUACACCAUGCUCCACGACAGGGUGACGUGGUCGGAGGUGUCUUACGUAAAGUCCGGGGGGAAGGUGGUCUGCAAGGGGAGGGAAACUUCGGGACGGGAAUGGAAGCUUCCGCCGUGA